CGUCGCGUCAACACACGUCGUCCGCCUUUUCCGCCUUGUCUCGCCGCUUCUCUUCAUCAGCACCAGAAGAUAAAGAGGAAACGGAUCCCCUUUUCGGCAAAUCCCUCGACUUAUCGACUCCGACGAUGGCGCUCAUGUCCUCGAGCUUGAUCUGGAGGCAUGGCAGGUCCUCAAGCUCGUCAUCCACCACCUCCUCCUCCAGACUUCGAGCGGAUGAUGUAGAAGUCAACGACGCGGGGAGGAUGACCACGGAUCUUGGCGACUGAGCCGCCGCUGCCGCCAAGAUGCUGACGCUGGCGCGCGCCCCUCUCCGCUGCCUCUUGCUAUCCUCGCCCCCAGCCUUGUCGCUCUGCUCCCCCUACAUGACUGUAGGCCACCGCAGCGUCGGUGGCGGCGUCUCGCCCCUUCUCCUGAUGCUCUCUACUUGCCCCUCGGCGUGGCGUGUCGGCGAGGGCUUCCCGGCCGCAGGGGCACCAAGCGGGGCCUCCUCGCGAGGCAGGAGCUUCUAUGCCCACCCCGUCAGCAUGGACGACGAGGCGCCCUCCAGCUCCGCCGCCGGUAGCGUCUACGACCUGGCCGUGCGUUACCUCACCGUGGAUGAAAUUGCCAACGCUGCAAAUCUUGACGAGAUCUCCAUAACCAGCAUAUAUGCACACUGGGAGGACGUGGGCUUGAGCAUUUCGAAUGCUGCAAGCUCAAAUUUAGUCAUGUUUAUUCAGAAGAAGAAAUGAAGUGCUGAAGGUUUUUAGUAACAAGCAGCAAUAAGACAAUUCUUCCUAACCAAAAAAUUUCAAUGAUGGGGUACAGAAAAAACACUUGUAGCCAUUUCUAUAAACUGAAACAAACCCUGAACCUGAAUCUGUCAACCCUGAACCUGAUUGUGAACAAAUCAAGUGCCAAUUCACCCUGAACCUGAUUGUGAACAACCCUGAACAUGUGUUGUUGCUCUCCAAGUUUUGUUUUGGAAUUUCAAUUUCCCCUUGGCCUACUCAAUUCAAUUCAAAUCGCGAACAAAUCAAGUGCCAAUUCUAUUUCUAUCAUGUGCUGAUUGUGAACAGAGCAGCAGCAAUAGAGGCGGGCGGGGCAAACUCACAAGCAACAGCACCAGCAGAGGCGGGGCAGGGGACAAAGGCAACAGCAACACGAAAGGUCCACGGCGACAACGUUGACCACUAGCAGAAACAACAUGGGAUGCGGGAGUGGCCGGAAUUUUCCACGGCGCCGGCGGCCGAAGCGGACGAAGUCGAGCCGCAGGUGGGCGGCCGUGGGCGGCGAAGGUGAGUGGCGCAAGUGUUGGGGAGAUUCCACCACGUGGACAUGGAACAUCACCAGGCGGGCGGCGGUGUGGGUACAGGCAGGCAACGGCGGCGCAACUCCGAGCGGGCGGCGGUGCAGGUCGAUUUUGUGCCGAGUGGCGCAGGUGGGAAGCUGCGGCGCAGGGCUAGGCGGGCGGCGGCGCUGGUGUUGGUCGCGUGCUGGGCCAGAAGGUGGAUGGCGACGCGCGACCGACGGUGGCUGUAAGGCGCAGACGACGGGGGAGAGGAAGGAAGGAGAUGGGCGAGGAAGGAAGGAGAUGGGCUGAAUCAUGACGGGUUUAAUAUUUUGAGGUUUUUUUGCAAAAAGAUAAUACAUUGUGCGCUUGACAACUUUUUCCGGACGGAGGGAGUAUGAUUGUAUAUUUUAUUUAUGGUGUUGUCCUACCGUGCCUUCCGUUCU